AUGACAUCACAUGACCUGAUAGUCGAUGGAUCACGUGGCUACACACUUCCCACAAUCCCUGGUAAACACAGCGACCUCAAAUCCAUCAGCGCAGACACGAUGGCGGAAGUCUUGAAUGGAGUCUACAGCGACCGCCUGCAUAAGGUGACGAUCGUGGACUGUCGAUAUCCGUACGAGUUCGAAGGAGGUCACAUCCGCGGUGCAGUUAACAUGUACACGAGGGACGCUGUAAAUAGUCUCCUGGAGACCCAGACGACAGCAGGGAAACGUCACGUGCUCAUCUUCCACUGUGAAUUCUCGUCCGAGCGCGGACCAAGAAUGUACCGGCACUUGCGCAGUCAGGAUCGAGCCUUGAAUCAGGAUCAUUACCCGAAACUGAACUUCCCGGAAGUGUACCUCCUCCACGGUGGAUACAAAGCCUUCUAUGAAUCCCACGGUGACCUAUGUGACCCCGAUAGCUACACUCCCAUGUUGCACCUAGAUCACUGCGCGGACCUACGUCACUUCCGUGUCAAGUCCAAAACGUGGACCGCCGGUAGUGAGAAAGUCAGCAGCAGGCGACAUCGCAGUCGGAUUUUCCCUUCCGGUCUAGACUUUUAGUAACGUUAGAUAUUAUUUGUACGUGUGCCAUUGUUAUAAC